CUGAUCUAAAGAAAAAAAAAUGUUUGGCUCAUUGGCGACCAAAGUGAAAUCGCCAUCCGCCAUCUUGAUCCUCCCAAAACAAGCAUGCCGACCUCUACGUUCAUCGCCAGUUUCGUGGCUGUGAGAAAACAUUCCACAGUGAGGUUCCCUAAAGGGGACAUGCUGUUUUCUGGACCCCGAAGACACACCUAUUUGGAGACGACGUGAAGCCGAGCGGCCGUUGCGUAAUAACGGCAGCGCUCCAGGGCCUUCUUUUCCAACGGCUGCUCGUCAAUUUUCUGCUCUCUCCCCCGCUGGCACUUCCAGAAGGAUCUUUGACUCCCCCCCCCCCCCCUCCCCUCCCCUUUUACUCAGAGAAGCAUUCCAAAGCAUGACAGCGAUCGCCAGGAUUUCUCGACUCUGUCAUCAUUUCAGAGUCGGCGCGGCCAAGCCAGGCAAAACGCGAUCCUUUUGUGGCUCCUCCCGGAAUUCCACCGCCGCGCCGCCGACCGGCGAGGCCUACGACCGCACGCAAUACUGCCGGUGGCCUUGCGAGUGUCCCGCCGAGCCCCCCGCCUGCCCGCCGGGCGUGAGCCUCCUGACGGACGGCUGCGACUGCUGCAAGACGUGCGCCCGGCAGGCGGGCGAGGAGUGCAACGAGGCGGACAUCUGCGACCACCACAAGGGGCUGUACUGCGACUACAGCUCGGACAAGCCGAGGUACGAAAAGGGCUCGUGUGCAUACAUGGUCGGCACGGGCUGCGAGCACGACGGCGUCAUCUACCGCAACGGCCAGAGCUUCCAGCCCAGCUGCAAGUACCAGUGCGUGUGCGUCAACGGCGCCAUCGGCUGCGUGCCGCUCUGCACCGAGUCCAGGCCGCCCCGCGUCUGGUGCCAGAACCCGCGCCGGGUCAAAGUGCGAGGACGCUGCUGCGAGGAGUGGAUCUGUGACGAGCCCAAGAGGGGGCGCAAGACGGCGCCCAGACACGCCGUGGAGGCGCCCCCUGCUGAGCUGAGCGGCUGGCACGAGAACUGCGUGAGCCAGACCACGUCGUGGAGUCCCUGCUCCAAGACGUGCGGUCGCGGCCUGUCGCUGCGCGUCUCCAACGCCAACCGGCGCUGCGAGCCGGUCAAGGAGUCGCGCCUGUGCACCCUGAGGCCGUGCGACGCGGACAUCGCCAAGACCAUCAAGGCGGGCAAGAAGUGCGUCAACGUGUACCGCGAGGAGCAGCCGUCCAACAUGAGCAUCUCGGGCUGCACCAGCACCAGGCAGUACCGGCCCAAGUUCUGCGGCGCGUGCACGGACGAGCGCUGCUGCAUCCCGUACAAGUCCAAGACGGUGCCGGUGGAGUUCUCGUGCCCCGACGGGUCCACCUUCUCCUGGAAGAUGAUGUGGGUCCAGGCCUGCUUCUGCAACCUCAGCUGCAAGAACCCCAACGACAUCUUCGCCGAGCUGGAGAAUUACUACGGCUACCCCGAGGUCAUGAACUGACCCCGGUCCGGAACCGGGCCUUCCAAUUCGGUUGCUCUUUGUAAGUCUUUGACUUUUUUCCUAUUGGAAAAAUAUGUAAAUAACGACGCGACGUAUUUCCGCCAGGGAUUCGUGAAGCGGUCGAAAAGAAAUUUUAAUUUUUUUUUUUUCUUUUUUUACCCUUUAGAGGACAU